AUGUCGAAACUACCGUGGUUUACAGAAUGUUCGAAUCCUACAUAUAGACCAGACAUCGAUGGUUUGCGAGGUGUUGCCAUUCUAGCCGUACUCGCAUUUCAUGUCUUCCCGAAUUGCUUACCUGGUGGUUACGUCGGUGUGGACAUAUUUUUUGUCGUGUCUGGGUACUUGAUCACUUCUAUCAUUGACAACGAGAUCGACACAAAUUCCUUCAGUUUUCUUCAAUUCUAUUGUCGUCGCAUCAGAAGACUUUACCCAUCAUUAAUCUUAGUGCUGAUUGCUUGCUACGCAGUCGGUUGGCAUUUCUUAUGUCCUGCAGACUUUGGAAACUUGAACGCGUAUAUUUUCUCUGGUGCAUUCUUCUUCGCGAACUUUCUGGCAAACAAAGACACUCAAUACUUUAAUGGACAAUCCGAUGCUAAGCCUCUUCUGCAUCUCUGGUCAUUAGGCAUCGAAGAGCAAUUUUACAUUAUUUGGCCAGUGAUAGUCUAUAUUGCAAGAAAGAUUAAAUUAAACGUACAAUUAUUGACAAUCGUCCUAGCACUGAUUUCGUUCGCUAUUAACAUCAAUCAAAUUAGAACAGAUAUAGUUCAAACUUUCUUCUGGCCGACGAGUCGUUUCUGGGAAUUGCUGAUUGGGGCGCAGCUCUCCUUUGUAUCAAAAUCUUCUGAUAGUUAUUGCUCUAAUAGUAACAGAGCUAUUGCGUGUAACACAAUAUCGAUUGUGGGAAUUCUUCUCACUUUCUUACCUAUGUACCUGCUCGGAAAAAAAUCAGCGUUUCCCGGAUGGUGGGCAUUGGCUCCAACAACAGGGACAGCAUUUCUCAUAUUAGUCGGACCAGCAUGCUGGAUUAAUCAAAAGAUCCUUUCGACACACGUAUUGGUAGCGAUCGGACUGAUUAGCUAUCCUCUAUAUCUGUAUCAUUGGCCGUUACUUGUCUUUGUACACGUCUAUGCUGAACAAUCAAUAUCCAUUGAUAAACUCAUCCUAGUGGUUGUAUUUAGCUUCGCUUUUGCGUGGCUCGCAUACUGGUUCAUUGAAAGAGCCUUUCGUACAACACGUUUAUCGAAUUUAAACCAUCUUUACUUAAUUGCAAUUAUGUCGAUGAUAGGUUUUGUCGCACUUCUGACUUAUCAUUAUGAUGGACUGCCAAACCGAUUCUCUCCAUAUGUAAGAAGCAUGACUUAUUUGACUGAGAAUUAUUUUCGUCGACAUAUGACCGCUUACGGAGUACCUGGCUCCUUCAUCAGCCCCAGGCAAGGUAUGGACAAGUUUGGUACCACUACGUUUAACAUGGGAAAACCUGCUUCGACGGCAGUAGUAUUGUGGGGCGAUUCACAUGCUGCUCAUCUUCGUCCAGGCAUACUGGCACAAGAGAUUGAGCUUCGAUUUACACAACUGACAGCCAGCGAAUGUCCACCUAUCUACGGUUAUGAUAGAGGUGAUAUACCCUUAUGCAAACAGAUUAAUAACAAUAUUUUUCGAAUAAUCGCAUCUCAGAAGCCAAAUGUAGUCUUACUAGUGGCAAACUGGGUUUUAUAUCCUUGGCAAAGUGUUGGCGAAACCAUUGCACAAUUACGCAAUGCAAGCAUAAAAAAUAUUUAUCUGAUUGGACCGAUGCCUGAGUGGUCUAAAGGAUUGCCUAGGGUUUUAUGCGAUUAUAACUCUCGGAUUUCUCAGAAUAAAAUACCUUUUCGUCUAACGUACGGCCUAAAUCCCUACCAGAAGCAAUUAGACAACCAGAUGGAGACGUUCGCCAACAGUAUUGGCGUUGAAUACAUCUCUCAAUACAAGAUACUAUGCAAUUCUGAUGGGUGUUUGGUCAGAACUGGAGAAAGCAUCUCCACAAUAACUGUAUAUGAUUUGACUCACUUAACUAUUGCUGGAUCUCAGUUCGUUGUAAGUCAAUUUCCAAAAAACCUUUUUCGUGCACAAUGA